AUGGCCGAAUGUAGUAUGAAGAGGCCGCGUCACAGUCUUGACGACCAGCUGCUGGAAACGAAACCCUUGGUUACUAAAAAUACCAGAACAAUUCCCUUUGCUGACGUACCGACCGGUGACCUUCGUUUCGCCAAACCACAAUGGCCUUCUACUGAGUCUGGUAUCAACAAUGGUACCGCUUAUGCUGAUGCCGAUGUCGACUGCUCAUCGGAGGAGGACUGCCCUUACAUGGACGUAUGGGCUCCAGCCAAUGCUGAGGGUAAGAAGUUGCCUGUCAUGGUGUGGACCUACGGUGGUGGUUUCACUGGUGGUUCCAAGUCGGAGAACACCCCUGAGGGCCUCUUCGAUUUGUCCAAGGAAUUUAUUUUCGUCUCUUUCAAGUAUCGUUUGGGAAUCACCGGUAUUGCCAACUCGGUUGCUCUCACUCACCAGGGUGCCACUGGCAAUGUGGCCCUAUACGAUGUUGAACAUGCGUAUAAAUGGGUGAAGGAGUACAUCAGCAAGUUUGGUGGUAACCCAGAAGACAUCACUGCUUUUAGAUUCUCCGCUGGUGGCAGCAUGCCCUUGUUCAUGAUGACUCGUUACGGUGGUCACAACGAGCAACUGUUCAAUAAGGCUUACAUUACUUCUCCUGGUUUCGUCCCUGGAGCUGGUCAUCACCAGGGCGAGAUCUUCUACCAGAAUGUUUCCACAGCAUUCCAACCCCGCGUUGAUGGUGAUUUUGUUGCCGACAUUUACGAAUCGCAGCUCUACCAAGGCCGCUUCAACUUUGAUGGCCCCUUGGUUAUCACCCAUGAACAGCACGAAAAUAACGACUCACCUACUUCUGGGGUCAGUACCGUUGCAGAUGUAGAGGCUGAGCUCCGGGCCUUCUUCCCGGCUAUCACCGACGACGUUGUUGAGGAGAUCAUGGAAGCCUUCCCUGCGUCUGACUACACUAGUCCCGGCUAUCGCUUCGCGGAUAUGAGACAGUCCUUUGAUCUCACUGCGCAUGGCUAUGCCCUGACCCACGCUCUGGACAACAACACCUGGAACGCUAUGGUUGCACUUGAGCAGGCUACCCACGGUACUGACCAAAGCUACUACUGGUACAGCACCUACUCCCUUUCCUCUUCAAGCUCCUCUAGCAGUGCUGCCUCUGGCGCUGGUGUCGCCAUUAGCAGUGGCUCCUCUGUCAGCUCCACUGUUUCCCGAAAGAUGCAGAAGUACCUCCUUUCCUUUGUGCUGACUGGCAAUCCCAACACCAAGUGGCCCAGUGACAAACUCCACUGGCCCAAGUAUGGCGGCGACGCCAUUGAACUGGUCUUCAACACUACCAUGUAUACUCAGACCGAUGACCUGGCCAAUGUUAAAAGUACCUACUGGAACAAAGCUCUGUGGUACUAG